CAUAUAGACUCACCCACUUCUGUCCAUCAUUACUGCAUCCACAACCCAGACGAUCUGGGUACCAUUCGCAGCUUAUGAAGCGAAAGAAAUAAACCUUCAUGCCGGAAUCGGACCUGCUGCAAGGGGACGAGCUGGUUACAAAAGCAGCUUUUGUUUUGUCGCAACAGUCUCUUUUUUGUGUGCUUAUAUUUCAUUGAUUUUUCGGUAUCACUCCAGUUCGGACCUAACGUUCGGAUAAGGAGCAACAGCUUCCCGUUUACUUUAUAUCCAUAUAUCUGUAUCUAUAUCUAUCUAUAUAUAGAUAGAUAUAGAUAGCUAGAUAUACGCACCAGGUUUUACAAUGUAUUUUCCUUCUUAGAGAUGUUUUUUAACCUGAAGGCAAGCUGGUUCUGAAGGCAGCAGAUUUGUCCUCCACGCCCUGACUUGGAGUCACGAUGGCGGGAGGUGUCGCGGCAUGGCUACCCUUUGCCAGGGCUGCGGCCAUUGGUUGGAUGCCGGUGGCCAACUGCCCCAUGCCCAUCGCCCCUAGUGACAAAAACAAGCGUCAGGACGAGCUGAUCAUUCUGAACGUGAGCGGACGUCGCUUUGAGACCUGGAGGACCACCCUGGAUAGAUACCCGGACACUCUGUUGGGCAGCUCGGAGAAAGAGUUCUUUUACAACGAGGAAACUAAGGAGUACUUUUUCGACCGUGACCCUGACAUCUUUCGAAGUGUCUUAAACUUUUACAGGACAGGCAAGCUGCACUACCCCAGAUACGAGUGCAUUUCCGCCUACGAUGAAGAGCUCUCCUUCUUCGGCAUCAUUCCAGAGAUCAUAGGGGACUGCUGCUAUGAAGAGUACAAGGACCGCAAGAGAGAGAACGCAGAGAGGCUAAUGGACGACAAUGAGAACGAGAACAAGGACAGCAACCUGCCGCAUAUGAACUUCCGGGAGACCAUGUGGAGAGCUUUUGAGAACCCGCACACGAGUACCAUGGCCUUAGUCUUCUACUAUGUCACUGGGUUCUUCAUCGCCAUCUCGGUGAUCACCAAUGUGGUAGAGACAGUCCCCUGCAGUUAUCAGAUGAACCAGAAGGAUUUACCCUGUGGCGAGCAGUAUGGGGUGGCCUUCUUCUGCAUGGACACUGCCUGUGUGCUGAUCUUCACGGUGGAGUACCUCUUGAGACUCUUCGCAGCCCCCAGCAGAUACCGUUUCAUGCGCAGUGUGAUGAGCAUCAUAGACGUGGUGGCCAUUAUGCCCUACUACAUCGGCCUGGUCAUGACCAACAACGAGGACGUCAGCGGAGCUUUUGUGACUCUGAGGGUCUUUCGAGUGUUCCGGAUUUUCAAGUUCUCCCGUCACUCCCAGGGCCUGCGGAUCCUUGGCUAUACCCUGAAGAGCUGUGCCUCCGAACUGGGCUUUCUCCUCUUCUCACUCACCAUGGCCAUCAUUAUCUUUGCCACUGUGAUGUUCUAUGCUGAAAAAGGCUCCUCAGCCAGCAAGUUCACCAGCAUCCCAGCAUCCUUCUGGUACACCAUCGUUACCAUGACAACCCUUGGUUACGGGGAUAUGGUGCCAAAGACGAUUGCUGGGAAGAUCUUCGGCUCGAUCUGCUCUCUGAGUGGCGUGCUGGUAAUCGCUCUCCCUGUCCCUGUCAUCGUGUCCAAUUUCAGCCGGAUCUACCACCAGAACCAGCGGGCAGACAAGCGACGGGCUCAGAAAAUGCAGAAAACAAGACUGGCCAGGAUCCGAGUGGCAAAAUGCGGAAGCUCCAAUGCGUUUCUCCACAGCAAACAAAACGGCCUUCUGAGCGAACCGCUAGAAUUAACGGGUUCAACUGAGGAGGCGAAGCAGUUAAGCAAAUCCACAUCCAUGAUCGAAAGCCAACACCACCACCUGCUGUACUGCCUAGAGAAGACAACCGGAUUGUCCUUUCUUGUGGAUGAUCCCGUCUUUUCUGCACGAACAUCUACCAUCUUCAAGAAUCACGAGUUUGUCGAUGAGCAGAUGUUUGAGCAGAACUGUCUGGACAGCAUGCAGAGCUACCCGUCACGCAGCUCCUCCAUCUCCAGCUCCCCUGGCCUGACCAGCACCUGCUGCUCCAGACGAAGCAAGAAGAGCAGCCACCUGCCCAACUCAAGCCUGCCAGCCAGCAGGCUCCGCAGCAUGCAGGAGCUGAGCACCCUGCACAUCCAGUGCAGCGAGCAGCCGGCUCUGUCCUCCAGUCGUUCCAGUCUAAACAUGAAGUCAGACGAAGCUUUCAGACCGAAUUGCAAAAGCUCUCAGAUCACCACGGCGAUAAUCAGCAUCCCCACACCUCCAGGAACCAGCCCAGAAGAGGACAACAACCACCCCCCCAGCCACUGCCAGCCAGCAAACAUCAACACGACAGGAAACGUGAACAUUGUCAAAGUGUCGGCAUUAUAAACAAGCGACACGAGGCUGGGGUACAGAGCCCUGAUCAGAUUGCUGCAAACUGUGCCUGAAGACAAGUGGAACUCCGAACUGAGCUUUGCAAUGAGAUGCGCACUGGUGAGGUCAAGUGAGUGGAAGUGUGGCUCAGGUUUGUACUGGAAACGAUUACCUGACCAGCAAGAAAAGAACGCUGCAAAAGCCAAAUUCACAAGUGCACAAGCAGCUUUUUUUGCUGGUGUUUUAAUGGCUGAUAUCAAGGGAAAAUAGAAACUAAACAUUUUUUUGUUUUUUUUAAGAAGCAGAUGUUUGAACAUUUUUAUUUUAGAGAAAAAAAUGUGCGUCUGUUGAGAGUCACAAAAGGGUCAAUUUUAUUUUUGUGCGUGAGUCACUUUGAAAGAUUGCUGUAUAUUAGAAAAGACCCGAUCUGGGGUCGACGAUGGCUCAUCGCACUUUAGCAAGCUACCACUGAACUUGUCAGAUAGCGUUAACAUAUAUAGAAUGUUUUGUAACAGAUUUGGCAGUCAGCGCAAUGCGUGUGAGUAAUGUUACGUGAAAUUCAUACCAUGUAAGAGACAUGCUUUGCUAAACGCUGGCUCUCUUCUGCUUUACCUGUUCUUUUAUUAUCAGUUGUGUGUGAUUAGAUUGAAAUGUGUCUGUACUUUUGCAGCCUUGGUGUAUGAGAAACGAUUUGGUCUUAGAUUUGUUAUUGAGACAUUUCAAUAGUUUAAACACCAUUACCAACUGUGAAAACAUCCGGAUGGGAUGAAUCAAGCACAGCACAUCCACACAGUAAAUACACGUCACUGGUUAAGGUAGAUCUCUGUUAACCACCUCUGUGUUUUAUCCUUCAUGAGAUGCUUUCUGUUACAGGCAAACACACAAUAUUUUAAGGCUUUUUGCUUACAAUUUGACUGGACAUUUUUUGUGCAAAUAUGUGGCUUCCUAAUUGUUUGGUACUAGAACGCUGUUUGAAUUCCUCACUAAAAGGACACACGUUUUUUGCCAGCAAGCAAAGCUUUUGAAACGGGCCCGUCUAAUGGAUCUCUGAGUUCUGAGCACUAGAAACGAUUGCGAGACCAGGGCACGUCAGCUUUAGUUGCAUAUGCAAUUGUAUUAAUGUGUUGAAAUAACUCAAAUUCCCAAAGAGAGCAAAAUACAUUUUACCUUAGAAUUGAGCGUUUUGAAACAGCCUAGUUAAGAUAACCACGCAUUCUAAUACAUGAGUUGUAUACUGUAGAUAAAAAAAAGAUACAUUCUGUACAAUUAAUAACUUUUAAUGUGUGCUGGAGAAUCCUGCAAUAACAUGCAUUCCUGGCUGUAAUGUAAAGAGCCUAUCCUGCUUCAAGCACACUCAAUUGGAAUUCUAUUGUCAGACCCAUUCCAGCACCAGUCCCACAGCCUCUAAUAAAGGGCCACUCUAAUGAGACCAAUAUGCUGUAAACCACAAGGUAUUGCUUUUAAUCUGAAACCUUGCAACAUGGUACCACUCGUUUACAAAGAAAUAGUUUUGAAAUAACGUGAGCCGGUGAAUAAAAUCAAGCUACCUAAUGCCUGGUGUGCAUCGUCCACUUUGAAGAUUAGAGACCAGUCUGCUUGCUUUAAAAGUAGCCCUUGAAGUCAGUGGGGUCUGGUUAUACUAGCAGGUGAAUAUUUGCUCCUUUUAUAAUAUGGUUUGGCGACACCUGCAGGUCUACAUACUUCUAUGUGGAGAGUGUUUUCUAUUGAUAAAGUCAAGCGUUACUUUUGACAUCCGAAUGUGUAGGUUUGCCUUUGUGUUCGAGGUUACCCUGUGUGUAUUCUCCUCUAAUUCAUCAGGAUGUGAAGCUCACCCCUGUGGAAGCUGAUCAUGCUAUCAUUUACUGUGUGUUUUGGUAGAACAUCUUGAUAUAUUCAACAGCCUUCUCCAGUUUCUUAUACUAAGGAAGAAAAAAAACAUAACAUUAUGCCAUGGUUUUCUCUCUGUUGUGCAGAAUAUGUUGAAUGUUGUGAAUCAUUUCUUGUGCCAUCACUGUACCCGUGUAAUCAGGCUGGUAAAAACAAAUACAAACCUGUGGGAUUUGUUCGUCAAACGUUUGUGAUUUCAUUUAGUUUUCUUUGAGUGUGUGCGUGCGUGCGUGCGUGUGUGUGCGUGUGAUGGGAGGCAGCCAAUCUUUGAAGGAACAAAAUGAUAAAUUAGAAUAAGUUAGCUAGCACCUAUCAACAUAAAAUAAGGAUUCUCCAUUUGAAAUGAAACUUCCUCAAAUAGUCACCCAUGAUAACAUUCAUGUUUAUAAUUUCCAUUUUUACAAAUCUGAAAUACUGUACAGCAGCUUACUGUUAAUACAAGCAUGUGCAAACCUGGUGUGGCAGCGUUACAAUGUAACAUAAGAAGAGAGAAAAUAUCUCAACACAGGCAAGAAGUGCACAUUUCAGAAGUUCUGACUGUGUUUUCAAGUUCUGAAAGAUCAGACAGUAGCUGCAAUACCCUAACCUUGCACCACUCAAAGAGCGAUCAGCUUUAAUCUUGUGUAUUAUUAUUAUUAUUAUUUAUUUCUUAACAGACGCCCU